AUGUCCUCAGUGGACUCAGACAGCUCUUCCAGACGAGGCUCUCUCCUCAGUGACGAUGGGAAUCAAGGGGAAUCAUCAAAAGCACCUUUCAAGUAUCUACCCAAACAUGUGUUUGGUUCUAUCGAAUAUCCCGGACCUGUCUCUCACCCGAGCUCGAUAUUGAAGGUGAUACAUCAACAAGAUAUAAACGAAUGCUUCAAUGCUACAUCGACAUCGACUGGAAAACCGGUAUUGGAGAUGAGAUACAGGGGAUUAGAAGAUUCGACAUAUGAGAAUCCUGUUCGAGGACAUAGGAUACCGAGUCAAAAGUUGUUAUUGAAGAUCACGAAGAGAAGGAGGAAAGGGAAAAGUAGGGAUGAAGGGGUUUUCACGUCGGAAGUUCUUGGGUCCAUUCCACAGACCGUCAGGUUCAGAUCAAUGGCAGACUACCAAUGGACACCUGAUCCGGAGGGGCCGAUAGCCAAUCUAGUGAACUCGCUCAAGUCGCUGGAUUACAAUGCAAUACUCGAUUAUUCGUUUCCACCACUCGAAGAGGAAUUCCUCGAACCUCAUGAAAAUCCCUUCGAUCCGAAGAUCCAGUACAGGUCGAAGCUGGAUCUGCAGCCUACGCCAUUGUUCUCUACCAAGAACUUACCCUAUACAUACAACUACAAGAUGCCUACUCAAGCUGUUUCGGAACCCUUCUUCGAUCGCCGAACUCAGACUUGGAAGACUAGAUACGUCAACAAAGCAAGAGUGAUAGGUGUGGGACCGAUCAGUGUGCUUCAUAACCAUAGAUUGGGUGAUGUACCGAGAGAACCGACCAUGCAAGUUAAGAAUAGGUUGGGUGCCUUGGAUCCUGGUCUAUUGAAAAAGCUCAGAGAUUUAUUCGAAGAAAGACCUGUGUGGAUGAGAUACUCUCUUUUCGCCAGAUUCAGUAUUGAGGAACGUCGAGAACUUCAGAGGGUGAAAGCGUACGUCCCCACAGCAUCUUACAUCAUGAGCACUGGUCCGUUCGGGAAGUGUCUAGUCAAAUACGGAUAUGACCCAUGUGGAGACAGAGAAUCGUACAAAUACCAACGUAUAUUCUUCUAUCCGAACAAGAAAACAGUCAAAACGCCCAUCAACGUGGACCCGCUCGAUUCCGAAGAAGAACCUGAAGGGGGAAACGAGACCAAACAGAAAGGCUGGUGGAUCGAGAAACAAGAGCAGCUGAUCGAACAAGGUGAAAGACCGCCUUUGGAUGUAACAAAAGCACAUAUAUUCGAUGGUAAAUACCUUAACAGGGAAAGAGGUGAUUUCCAAUUAUGCGAUAUCACCGACCCAUUGAUUGCGAAAUACAUAAACGAUGUUGAUAAGUUAAGGACCAAAUGUUCUCUACAAACAGGAUGGUAUCCACCUUCAUUGUUCAAGUUGAUCAGGAAUCUCAUCCGAACGAAAUACAUGUACAUAUGGGAAAACCACUCGCCUGCUCCUGAUAGCUUGUGCAACAUAUUCGUUGAGGAGUAUAAUAGCGGGAAGUACCUCUUGGAGGAUGCUAAUCAAAUUGACGAAGAAGACGGGGGCAAUGACAAUGGGGAGGACGAGGAAGGAAAUGAGGACGAUGAGAUGCUCAACAAAGAUAGGGAAGAUCCUGGUGACGACCAGGAGGAAGGUCAAAGUGAUUAG